AUGCCUACAGGUGCGGCCCACAGAACCGUGCAGGCUGACCAGCUGUGUCCCACCUGUCCUUACUUCCUGCCCACUCCCACGGACGUUACUACACCUGUUGAUCCUGCUAACCUCACCUGCGGCGUAAGGCAACUCGGAGACAAAAAGGUGUCAUGGAUAAGGCGGAAGGACCUACACGUGCUCACAACGGGCAACUUUACGUAUACAACCGACACGAGGUUCCGCGCCCUGCACCUGCCCGGCUCACCCUUCUGGAGUCUGGAAGUGGACAGGCCUGCCAUCACAGACUCCGGGGUGUACGAGUGUCAGGUGUCAACGCAGCCCAAGAUCUUCAGGCGAUUCAAACUCAGUGUUCUGGUUCCAAGCGCCACCAUCACUGGAACCCGGGAGAUUUUCAUGAAAGCUGGGAGUGACAUCAACAUUACUUGCGUGGUGAAGGGCGCCAUCAGGGGAGCGCCCAUCACCUGGUACCACGUGCUGCCCCGCCCAUCAUCACAGAAGGAGGAGAUAGUGGAGAUCAAUGCGGGAGGGCGAGGCGGCGUCCAGCUGGUGACCGACAAGAACUCCGGUACCAGCUGGCUCUUGGUCAACCACGCCACCUGGAGGGACGCUGGGAACUACACGUGUGCGACCGUCCACGCCACACCAGCCUCUGUGUCCGUCCACGUCCUCGACGAAGAGGCCCCAGCCGAGCUCCACCACGACCCCGAACCGAGUGGGGCCAAGAACCGCGCCCCAGGAACCCCCGCGCUACCAUUCCUGCUGUUAGGUCUCCAUCGCCUGCUAGGAAGGGACGGACCGAGAGCGUGGUGCAUUUGUGCCCUCCUUGCAGCCUUCUUAAUGCUCCCCACCACCCCCAGGGGCACGAGGGGACUUCAGGACGCCUCUUGCACCAGUAGAGAGUCCAAGGAAUCAUCCAGAGUCAAAGUGAGGGAUGAUAAGAGAGUCCUAAGGGUCACUCUCCUACAGGCUCUUAAGUUUCCUUCUGAACGAGUUAACGAGAUCUCCUCCUCUUCUUGCCCUCCUUCUUCCUUUUUCUCUCUUCUCCAUCAUAGCAUUCCGGCGUCUACCUCCAUGACCUUACUCCGCGCACCCUCCCACGCCCGCACGACACACCCACUGCUCUAGUCGACGGCAGGGCGUGUGGAAUAAAGGGCUUGGGGCUUAUCUUUUCUUUCCCCUUCUUUAUGUACUCGUGUGGCGCGUUGGCUGGGCUAUGAAUCGUGGAAAGAAGGGUGUGCUGUGUUUGUUGUCCCUCCCUCAUGCAUGUGUAAAAAAAAUGUGUUGUCCUUUGCUCUGAAUUACCCUUCAAACACACACACACACACACACACACACACACACACACACACACACACACACACACACACACACACACACACACACACACACAGUCACUCACGCACUCACAACCAUACACACCCACUCCACUGUUUGUAAAUAUAUUUUUAGGGACAUGUACAGUAUAUAACUCAGUGUACUUUUUUUCAUUCAGUCAAAAAUAUAUAUACAUGAAAAAAAUCCCGUCAUAAGUAAAGGUAAAAGGGAAAUAUCAUGGGAAAAAUGCUACAGUAUUCAACUCUAUCCCUCGUAAACAUGUAUUUCGACGUUAAAGUCUCAAAUAAUUCUCUCUCUCUCUCUCUCUCUCUCUCUCUCUCUCUCUCUCUCUCACACACACACACACACACAAAUGAAUAUAUUAAACUUAAUUAAAAAAUGGAGAAAAAGACGAAAGAGAGAUAUCUGAAAGGAAAAGAAAAUUAGAGAAAUGAGAUCAAGAUUUAUAAAGAAACAUAUUUAAAAUGAAGAAAUACACAUAAUUAAGCAAGAAAACUGUGUAGGUACUGCAUUGAAUGAAAGAGAUCAAGGGAAACAAAUAAAAAAAAUUGCACCAUAUGAACAAAAAGACACGUAUUGGUAAAAGAAACAGAGAGAAAAAAAGUAAGUAUUUAAUUUCAUAUCCUGCUAAUUCUUAAAGGAGAACCAAAGGAAGAAAUUAUAUUGGGAUUCAAACCUAGAAAAAUGUUAAUCAUAAUGAGCAAAAAUGUUAUUCCCUGAGUCACCAUAAGCUAGAUAAAUAUCGAAAUACUGUAACAAGAAAAAGAAUUUAAAGCAAUAAAACAAUGAAUUAUAAUUUCUUCUUAUCUGCGGAGAGAGAAAGUUGGAAAAAUGUGGAAGUUAAUGAAGCUUGAGAACUUAGGAUUCUCUCUCUCUCUCUCUCUCUCUCUCUCUCUCUCUCUCUCUCUCUCUCUCUCUCUCUCUCUCUCUCUCUCUCUCUGAAUAAAUUAAUCCCCAUCUUUCAUCUCCUAUCCACUUCUCUUUCAACUUCUUCUAUUUAAUUUUCUGAUACAGAUUAUCUCUCAUAUCCUUAACUUUAUCUUCAAACUUCUCCUCUCCCUCUCCCUCUCUCUCUCUCUCUCUCUUGUAGUUUCUUUCAAAAGCCUUCGCAGAAUUUCAUGUUUUCAAAAUAUCUUCUAUUGGUUUAAAAAUGUGCAUAUUUCACUCCUAUCGUCUCUUGCAUCCUCUUACAAACAGUCCCCUCCCUCUUCUCUUCUUCUUCCUCUUCCUCCUCCUCGUCUUCUUCUACCUCCUCGUCUUCCAUCUGCUCUUCAUGCAUUUUCCUUUUCUUCUCUUUGAAUCUGUGGUGUUCAAGGGCUCUUAAUUCCGUGAAAAGUGGAACUACAGAAAGAAAGAAAAGAAAUAAAAAGGUAAAGGAAAAAAGGAAAGUGCACAGGUGAGACAAGAGGAGGAGGAGGAGGAAGAA